GCAGCGAUAACCUUCAAGCUCAGAUAUGGCUUUCCACCAAAGAUCGACAAGUUUGCCUUCUAGGCCUCACGUCAGUGAGACCGAAGUCGAGCUAGAGCUUCACAGCCUAGAAGCAAGCAUCUCUUCCUCCACUUCCAUCAGCACGAUGUGCGAUGAUCUCAGGAGUCUUACAAACAUCUACGAUGCUCUUGAAGAGAUUAUUUGCCUACCAAGCAAACAUGUUUGCUCAGCCCAGCAGAGGAGCAUGUUGGAUGGAGAAAUGGAAGGUUCUCUCGAGCUGCUAGAUCUCUGCAGCGUCAUGCAAGAGAUCUUCGUCGAGAUGAAGGCCAUCAUCCAAGAGCUGCAAGUGGCUCUAAGGAAAGGUGAUGAUGCAACUACUCAAGCCAAGAUCCAAUCUUACACCCGCUUGGUGAAGAAGUCCAAGAAUCUUUUCAAGAAGACCGCGAAGAAGGCUCCUGCAGAUUGUAGCAUGGUCAUGCUGUUGGCCAAGGCUAGAGAGAUCUCGGUGUCUCUCCUGGAAUCCACACUCCGUCUCUUGUCGAAGCAAAUCAAAAUGCCUAAACAGUCUCUUGUUUUCAAGUCAUUUCAGAAAAAGAAAGCAGUGGUUUGCAAGGAGGUGCAAUUGUCAGGGCUAGAGUGCAGUAUCGGCGAUCUCGAGAGCGGAGCAGGACAUCUGUUCAGGAAAUUAGUCCAGAGCAGAGUUUCUGUACUCAACAUCCUUAGCUCAUAGAUACUCCUGAGUUACUGUUGACGCCCUUCGAUUGGCAUCCGCCUUUUAAGGAAUAGUUGAUCAUCAUACAAUUUUUCCCAUAUGCAUACACUAUACUGUAUAAAUGUACAUGAUACUACAGAAA